AUGCUCAGAGAUGCACAACAUUUACAAGUUCGGGGUGAGAGGGUGGAGAUGUGGGUGAAGGAUCUGGAAGGCAUAGCUCAUGAAGCUGAUGAUGUGUUGGAUGAAUAUGAAUAUGAACUUCUCCGGCGGAAAGUGGAGAUCCAAAACCAGAUCAAGAAAAAGGUGCUCAACUUCUUUUCACGCCACAAUCCCAUCGCAUUUCGUCUCAAAAUGGCACAUAAAAUUAAAAACGUAAAUGCAUCUUUGGCAAACCUGAAGAAUGAGGCAGCUAGUAUUGGACUGGUUGAUAGGUCAACAUUGGUCAAUGCAACAUCUCAUGAUAUUGGAGGACUUGACAGGGAAACCGUCUCGAACUUUGAUCAAGAUGAAAAGUACAUUGUUGGAAGGACGGAGGUUGCGUCGGACAUAGUUACAACCCUGAUCAACUCUGGCAAGAACCAAGAGAAUUGUCUUUCUGUUAUGGCCAUUGUGGGGAUGGGAGGCUUGGGCAAGACAACUUUGGCUAAAUCCGUAUAUAAUGAUCCUCAGAUAGGUAGACACUUCGAUAAAAAAAUAUGGGUAUGUGUAUCUACUCCAUUUGAAGUAAAAAAGAUUUUAAGCGAGAUCUUGGAAUGUCUUAAACCAGAGAAAGCUGGGAUAAAGGGUAAAGCAACAAUAUGUGAAAACCUGCAAGAAGAUUUGAAAGGGAAGACAUAUCUUCUCGUGCUUGACGAUCACUAA